AGUUCAGUCCCCCCGUGGUGUGUGAGUGAGGUCAGUUCCCCUCAGCAUUGUGUGAGUUCAGUUCCCACCAACAGUGUCUGAGUUCAGUUUCUCUGUAUCCUCACUGAUUCCUGCUCCUCUUUCCUGACUUUGCUGUCCUGGCGGCUAUGUAGUGAUAUCUCACUGUGGUUGUAAGCAGCAUCCACUGAUGAAUAACACAGGAAGUUGGAACCAUUCAGGGAAGGGAACUUUGAGAAACACAGAUUAGCUAAGAGAACGCGGUACAGAGCCACUCAGAGAGAAGACAAAUGCGUCAUCACGACAAAGGCUUGACGCUGAUAGUAUGGUCAAGGCCCUUCUAGUGACAGAAGAGAGAGGGGAGAGCCAGCGGAAGGAGCCGCGUGCCUGGCGGGAGGCUCCUUGAGGACGAGAGAAGAUGAAAACUCGGGAAGGCAGCUCCCUAGGCAGGUCUUCCGUGAUAUGCAGGAACUAUCCUGGCUGGGAAUGUGACGGUGAGACGUGACACCGCAAAGGAUGGCAGCACGUGCACAAAUAAGGGUGAAGGUCAAGGGUGAGGUCUGGAAACGGGCUGGCGUGGCCGGGAGGGGGACUUCCUGGAGGAAGGUGCAGGGCAGGAAAUGGGAGCAGGGCCCCUGGAUGGGGCCGGAUCCGAGGGGAGGGCAGGCACCUAAACACUUCGAGUACCCAAUGGCGUGCCGCAUGACACUUGCUAUGACCUUGGCAUCAACACGGGACCCGGCUCGUGAUGGGCAAAGUGCACGAGGAUAAAAACGUUCCCCUGAGAUGUUAGGAGAAAAAAAAUUGGCCGGGCAUGGUGGCUCACACCUGUAAUCCCAGCACUUUUGGAGGCCGAGGGUGGUAGAUCACCUGAGGUCAGGAGUUUGAGACAGCCUGUCCAACAUGAGGAAACCCCGUUUCUACUAAAGAUACAAAAAUCAGCCAGGCAUGAUGGCACAUGCCUGAUGUAAUCCCAGCUACUCGGGAGGCUGAGCUACAAGAAUUGCUUCAACCCGGGAGGCAGAGGUUGCAGUGAGCCGAGAUCACACCGUUGCACUCCAGCCUGGGCGACAAGAGCAAAACUCCAUCUCAAAAAAAAAAAAAAAAAGAAAAAGCGGAAAAAAAGUCACAAGAACAGCUAAACAGCUCUAUGUGGCCCUGAGCCUGGCACUGCGGUAGCACUUGGUGAACGCUGGAUGAAUGUAGCACUUGGUGAACGCUGGAUGAAUGUAGCACUUGGUGAACGCUGGAUGAAUGUAGCACUUGGUGAACGCUGGAUGAAUGUAGCACUUGGUGAACGCUGGAUGAAUGUAGCACUUGGUGAACGCUGGAUGAAUGUAGCACUUGGUGAACGCUGGAUGAAUGUAGCACUUGGUGAACGCUGGAUGAAUGUAGCACUUGGUGAACGCUGGAUGAAUGUAGCACUUGGUGAACGCUGGAUGAAUGUAGCACUUGGUGAAGGCUGGAUGAAUGUAGCACUUGGUGAACGCUGGAUGAAUGUAGCACUUGGUGAACGCUGGAUGAAUGUAGCACUUGGUGAACGCUGGAUGAAUGUAGCACUUGGUGAACGCUGGAUGAAUGUAGCACUUGGUGAACGCUGGAUGAAUGUAGCACUUGGUGAACGCUGGAUGAAUGUAGCACUUGGUGAAGGCUGGAUGAAUGUAGCACUUGGUGAACGCUGGAUGAAUGUAGCACUUGGUGAACGCUGGAUGAAUGUAGCACUUGGUGAACGCUGGAUGAAUGUAGCACUUGGUGAACGCUGGAUGAAUGUAGCACUUGGUGAACGCUGGAUGAAUGUAGCACUUGGUGAACGCUGGAUGAAUGUUGCACUUGGUGAACGCUGGAUGAAUGUAGCACUUGGUGAACGCUGGAUGAAUGUAGCACUUGGUGAACGCUGGAUGAAUGUAGCACUUGGUGAACGCUGGAUGAAUGUAGCACUUGGUGAACGCUGGAUGAAUGUAGCACUUGGUGAACGCUGGAUGAAUGUAGCACUUGGUGAACGCUGGAUGAAUGUAGCACUUGGUGAAGGCUGGAUGAAUGUAGCACUUGGUGAAGGCUGGAUGAAUGUAGCACUUGGUGAACGCUGGAUGAAUGUAGCACUUGGUGAACGCUGGAUGAAUGUAGCACUUGGUGAACGCUGGAUGAAUGUAGCACUUGGUGAAGGCUAGAUGAAUGUAGCACUUGGUGAACGCUGGAUGAAUGUAGCACUUGGUGAACGCUGGAUGAAUGUAGCACUUGGUGAACGCUGGAUGAAUGUAGCACUUGGUGAACGCUGGAUGAAUGUAGCACUUGGUGAACGCUGGAUGAAUGUAGCACUUGGUGAACACUGGAUGAAUGUAGCACUUGGUGAACGCUGGAUGAAUGUAGCACUUGGUGAAUGCUAGAUGAAUGGCUUAAUGGGUCAGCAAAGGAAGCUCACCAGUUCUUCUUUUCCAUGAUGAAAAGGUAGUUUCCCCAUAUGGCCAUAGGCUCUCAAUGGGCAGGGAGCGAUGGAGACAGCUCAGCCUUUGAUUCUAGUCCUUAAAUGGAAGACAGCGUAUUGCAGAGACUCAGCCACAAAGAGAACUGAAUACGGUGUCUGAAAUUCUCCUUCUCCUGAAUUCUCAAUGUUGGUGUCUUUUCGCUUCUGAACAGCAUUCCGUGAGAGAACCACGACCCUGGGCCAAACGUGUAGGCUGUGGCUGGCUGUUUUGUUUUGUCGUGGUUUGUCUGGAUGCACAAAAAUGCUUAAGCUUUAAGUCUCUGAUAGUUUACAUUUUGUGAUGUAAGAACAAGAAAAAAAAACUUCCUCCAACCUAAUGCUCUCUGCAAACCAGAAACAAAGUAAACAAGCAAAACCUGCUCUGCUCAGCUUCCGUAAUUCCAAAUGUUUUAUAAGGGUGGCUGCAGCAUUGGCGGCUUGCUAUCUCCAGACUGUGGGCUGUCCCCCACAGCCAGGCCAUGACUCAGUCACCUCUUGCUCUCUCGGGGUGUCUGCCCACUGGAUUUGUCACAGAAUCAGAGGCCCAGUGACUGACCAAGGCUUGCCUGAGCAGGACAUGAAAGCCGCGCUGCUAGAAUCUAAGCUGGACUGCAGCAUAGGCCACGCGCUUUCCAUACUACCUGCCCUGUAACAUGACUGACGUUAGCUGCGGUGGGGCGAGGAGCGCCCUCUUGUGUCCUGAGUUUGAUCACCUCGUCAGACCACAAGUUGGAGGUGUGGGUUUCUGAAGUGACAACAUCCUCACUGAAAUUCUGCCCAUGCACUUUCUCUUCUCAUUUUGUUUCCACCCACCGUGACCUUUUUCCUCUUUUUCCACCCCAAAGGAAGAGAAAUGUCAAGAAAAUAACACUACAGAGCACAUAUGGAGGAAAGGCAGACGGUGCGAAGAUUGCAAUACCCGUGUUCCUCCAAGUUAUAAGAUGUCGAAAUAAGACAAGUGAUGGGUCCCACGUCCAACGUGGCUCGGCUAGAAGGUGCUUUCUGCUUUAAUAUGUGGGGAUUUCUGGCUGUCUCUGGACUCUGCCCAACAACAAGCCCUAAAAAGUGAACCCUGAUUCAGCUGUGAGGGCCUGAGGUCCAGCAGCUCUGCACUGUGGCUCUCUGGCCCCACCCACCCCAGCUUGUGACUGGUGAGUCACCCAGCCCAGCAGACACCAUCGUGCCCUCUGCAGAUGCACAAGCUGCUUCCCGCCUUGCUUUCCUCCCAGAGCUGUUUGCCAUAAAUGACCACACGUGUAAGAAAGCACAUUGCAUACUUCUAACAUUCGGUGUGAGCACCACGUGUACACAUAAACAAGUAUCCGUGCAUUUAUCUACAAAAUAGAAGUAGUCCAAGGACAUGGUACAGCUGUUAAAAGCCUUGAUAAAAUUGAAACACAGUAAUGGUGCUUCUGAAGUUUGCCAAAUUUCUAUGAUGAUGAAAAAGCUUUUAUCCCAGAUACAAAACCUUUGUUCUCAGCAUCAUCUAGUGACAAGUCGACGGGACUAGGCAUUAAGAGAUGGGAUGUGGAUUAAGUAGGAUCACUGGGUUUUGGUGAAAGACAUCGUUAUGAGUUGAAUUAUACCCCAUUCAAAAAAAAAGGUAUGUUGGGGACCUAACCACCCCCCAUACCUCGAAAUGUGACUUUAUUUGGAAAUAGGGUCUUGUCUAUUUCCAAAGAGGGAAUGAAGUUAAAUCAAAUUCAUAUGAGGUCAUGAGGGAGGAUCCUAAUUGAAUACAAUCAGUGUUCUUAUAAAAAGGGGAAACUGGGACACAGAGAGACACACACAGAGGAAGAACACCACGUGAGGACUGGAGCUCCACCACCCAGCCGAGGAGCCACUCAGCCCAGGGGCCACCCAGCCGAGGGGCCACCGGAGGCCAGAUCCAGGCCCAGCUGGGACAGACCCUCCCCUGGAGCCUUCAGGGGAGCUCAGCCCUGCGGACACCGGGAUCUCGGACUUCUGGCUUGGGAGAGAAGACAGUCCUAUUGUUUGUGGCACUUUGUUAUGGCAGCCCUAACAAACUGAUACAGACCCUAAAGCGAGAGUGGUGAACACAGUUCUGACUUUGAAGGUACCAAAGCCCACUUUUGCAUUCUGGUUCUGAUGCUUAUUGACGGUGGCACCACCUGAUUUCUUUGAGCUUCUUUUCUUUUCAUUUAUUUAUUUUUGAGAGGGAGUCUCACUCUGUCGCCCAGGCUGGAGUGGAGUGGCAUGAUCUCAGCUCACUGCAGCCUCUGCCUGCUGGGUUCAAGCGAUUCUCCUGCCUCAGCCUCCUGAGUAGAUGGGAGUACAGGCACCCGCCACCAUGCCCAGCUAUUUUUUUUUUUUUUGUAUUUUUAAUAGAGACAGGGUUUCACCCUGUUGGCCAGGCUGGUCUCGAACUCCUGACCUCAGGUGAUCCACCCGCCUCAGCCUCCCAAAGUGCUGGGAUUACCAGUGUGAGCCACUGCACCUGGCUUUAUUUUCUUUGUAAAAAGACAUAUGUAUCUAUAUGCACACACAGAUUACAGAUGCAGAUGUGGACAUAGAUGUAGCUAUGGACAUAGAUGUAUAAAGAUAUAGAUAUAGUAAUAUACUUUAGAUAUUUGUCCCCACCCAAAUCUCAUGUUGAGUUGUAAUCUGCAGUGUUGGAGAUGGGGUCUGGCGGGAGGGGUUUAGUUCUUGGGGGAAGAUCCCUCGUGGCUUCGUGCUGUCCUCACAAUGGUGAGUGAGUUCUCAGGAGGUCUGGUUGUUUAAGUGUGUGGCAGCUCCCCCAACCCACUCUCUCUCUCUCUGACUUCACCUCUGUCCAUGUGACACACCUGCUCCCGCUUCACCUUCUGCUAUGAGCAAAAGCUCCCUGAGGCCUCCCCAGAAGCAGAGCAGAUGCUGGUACGAUGUUUGCGCAGCAGGCAGAACCGUUAGCCAAUUCCACCUCUUUUCUUUGUAAAUGACCCAGUCUCAGGUAUUUCUUUAUAGCAAUGCAAGAAUGACUUAACAGAUAUAGACACAGCUGUGAUAUGGGUAUAGAUGUAGAUACAUAGAGAUAUGGGUAUGGGUAUAGAUAUUGAUAUGACUGUAGAUGUAGAUGUAGGUGUAGAUGUAGACACAGAUAAGGAUACAGACAUAUAAUUGGCGCACCUACCUGGGAUAACACAGAUAAAGAUGCUUCCUCUCUCUUCUCCUAGACCGGGAGCUCACGGGCAGCAAAGACCCCACAUUGCUUCCUGUGUCCAUCCCAGUGACACAGCUGCACCUAGGCACACAGCGGAUGUCCUUGAGCACCUGUCAGGAAGGCUGACACAGCCUAACCCCCUUGCUCACUCCUCCGACCUCCCACGUGAAUGGUACCCCACCAGCCACUAUGGUGAUGAACAACCCGAGGUCGGUGUCUGGCUGGAAGUUCCCUGGCCCUCAAAAAUUGUUUUAUGUAUGGAACAUAUGGUUUAAUGUUUAAAUUCUUUAAACUUGUCCGACAUAAUUGAGCUCACUGAUUAGCCCACAGCUAAGGAGUCCUUGCCAUUGUAUCUAUGUCCUUCUCUUUAUCUUGUUUCCAGCAGCCCCACCCUGCCCUGGCCUGAGCCCCCCACAUCCCCCUUGCUGCAAAAAUGAAUCAUUCCUCCUACUUUCCCCAGCCCUGCCCCAAUUCCAGGUCAGGCUUUUGUGCUCCAGAAAUCAUCUACGGGUUUUCCACAUGAUGCCCAUGACAAUUUAGCGUCUCUUACCAACAUCAGCAUCAAGAAGCUACAUAAAAUGCGUGGAUGUUAAAUCGACAGUGGAGCUCCUGGGUAGCUCCGUGCCCCAGAUUCGCUAAUCAGCCUGCAAACCAUUUGUACGCAGGCUUUUGUUUACAACAAGAGCUUACAUUUUAGCAUGAGGCAGAAAGACAAGAAAGUCUCACAGAUCUCAUCUAUUCUUCCUUUCAAUUACUUUGUAAUUCUACACUUCCAUUAAGAAGUUAAUUACUUCAACGUUAACCUUCCAUCUAUCUUUUUAACAUAAAACAAACAAAGAUUGGAUAAAAAUACAAGGACUUACUAAAAUGGCAAACGCUUAUAGAACACUUACGAGGUGGCAGGCGGGGUUUUCAGGGCUCCGCUCAUUGAGUAUAUUAACUGGGAUUCCCGUGAGGGCUGUGAGACAAACACGGGCAGUGCUCAAAACGCUUCACAGCCAGUUCAGCUCCACGUUGAUUGCUGAGUCGUGGAAACGUGCAAGGGGUCCCGGAGAGUCAACUCUUUACCAGCUGGCUUGGGAGUAUUCAAAUGUGUAACAACGGAACGCUGAUGUGCCGGGGUAUGUGGCCUGAAUCCCACCAGCCUCUGUGGCAGGAACAGCAUCAGCCCAUUUUACAGAGAAGGAAACUGAGGCCCAGAGACAGGAAGCGACAUUCCCAGGGCUCACAGACAGCAUGGGUGCAGAUGGACCAUGCAGUCUGGUUUCCACAGCUGAGCCAGUGGCCUCUGCACUAACUGUCUCAAUUCUGGGACUGGAAAUGGACUGUGUGUGUACGUUACAAUAUUGUUUUAACAACCAGAUACAUUUUCUGACUUCCUAUGAAAGCUUUCAAAAGCACAGAAAAAGUGAAAAAGAAAUAAGAUGAAUACUCAUGUACCAAACAA